CCCAUCGUGUUCGGACCUGACGCUACUUUCGACGCCUUACCGACGCUCGGCGUCGCUCGUUCAGUUACAUGCGAUUGACGCGCAAUCGGGUAAAUUAACUUGGGCAAAAGCGCGACUUUCCCCGUAAAUCACGGAUCGUCCUGCUACGGCGAGUGCAAGAAAGUACGUUAGAACAACAACGUGCAUCCUGAAAAGUGAACGAAAAUGGAGAGCAGACCGGCGGCGCUCCGUUCCAGGCGUGUCUGUCGAUUUUGUCUCACGGAAUCCGAGCCAUUGAACUACAUUUAUGACCGGGAAAUGACCAGACCGUUCCAAGUGCCGCUUACCCUCCAGAUUAUGUCGUGCGUCGGCAUCGAGGUGUACUCGGCUGAUGGAAUGCCACAGAUGAUCUGCAACACCUGUCGUUGGAAUUUAGAUCGUUCCUACAAAUUUAAGCAACAGUGCAGAAAAGCUGACGAAGCUUUAAGAUCCUACCCCAUAUCAGGCGUUCUUCCUCGGCCAUUUCCGCCAAUUUCCACUGAACCUCCCGAUACAAACAAUAAAAGACCAGCUGACCAAAGGGCACAGAACGAACAGAAAAAGGCUCGACUUGACAACGGAGAUCGAGAAAGAAGGGAACGUCAGGCUGAGAAACAAAGCAAGGAAGAACGACACGGUUUGUACGGCGAGGAACAAGACAGAGGCAGCGAAGGAGAAAACGAACCAAAUAACGAAAAAGAAGACAGGAAACUCGAACCAGGAGAAAUUCGAGUUCACGCAUGCAAUCAAUGUGACCGGACGUUCCCUCUAAGACAAGCUCUCCUUUUACAUAUCCAACGAGCUCAUCGGGAUCGCAAUUACAAAUGCACCGAGUGCGAUCGCCCCUUUUUCUCAAAAUACGACCUAGCCAAACACAUGUCCAUACACUCUGAAGAUAAACCCUUCUCUUGCCAAAUCUGCCACAAACAAUUCUCGCGCGCGAAUUUACUUCAGCGGCAUGAAAAGGUUCAUCGCGAUGAGCUGAGAUACGGCUGUCAACAUUGCGACAGAGAAUUCUUCACUACCGAUGAGCUUGAGAAACACGAGGAAACUGCCCACAAAGCCAUCAAGCCUUUCCAAUGCAAUAUUUGCAACAAGCGAUUUACUUACAAACAGGGCCUGGAGCGCCACGAAAUGCUUCACAGCGAGGACAAGACCUUUGUAUGCGAAUAUUGCAAGGAAGCCUUCCGAACGAGUACGAAACUUGCUCGUCACUUGACAACUCACGCAGGCCACCGUCCCUAUCUCUGCAAACUGUGUCCCCGAUCAUUCCUCCUCUCACAUCAUCUCACAAGACACAUGCGGUCUCACUCGGUGGAGAAACGACACGUCUGUGAAGAUUGUGGAAAGGCCUUCAAACGCAAAGAAAGUUUAGAAGUUCAUCAGCUAACGCACACGAAACGGACAGGCAUGGGAUUGACCUGCGAUGUCUGUCAGGAAGUAUGUCGCAAUCGUGCGGAUUAUGUGACGCAUAUCAAACAACACAUAGAAGCUGGAGAGAAGAUGGGACCGGAUGGUUUGCAGCCAGAAACCAAAGAAAAGAUAGAGCUCGAGUCUGAAGAAGAAGAGGAAGAGGAUCAAUAUUCUGAUGGAGAUGAUGAUUAUGAGCCACCGCCAUAUGUUAUCAAGAAGUUGCCCUUGCCGAAGCCUAAACCAGCCGAGAGUGAGGAUGAUUCGGAAAGAGUUGACAAAGAGGAGAGAGGUGAGAAGGUUGUCUUUGUACGAGGAAAAGACGGAAACAUGGUGAAGAAGACUAUCAAGACUUUGAUGCCUAUUCAGAGAAGAGAAGCUGCUGAAUCGAAGAUGAAGAAUCCAUCUCAGUCUGCGAAGAUGCCAGUGAAACAGGAAGAUGUUCCGAAAGGUCGCCUCGAUGAGACGGAGGCGCAAGUGCAGAAGAUAGUUGAAUCUGUUUUCAAGGAACACAAAAUCCCACUCAAGCAUCAAAGUCCACAGGAACAAGGCAAAGGUACAAGUACACCAACUGUUCAGCGAUCGCAGAUUAUUAACACAAGUCCAGCGACAUCUAAGGACGAUAAAAUUGAAGCUGUAAUUGCUGUUACACCGAAACCGGUAAAUACAGUUAAAGUUAUUAAAAGGAUUGUCGUGAGGAAACCAGCUGGUGCUGACGGAACUGCAAAGGAAGGUGAGGUUACACCAGGAAUUUCGCAGACUGUUCCAACUCCUGGAUCCGGAAUGAAGGUCACAAAACGAGUCAUCGUGCGGAGAAUCAUUCGCCAGGGAGACACAACGAGGGAAGUUAUCAUGAAUCCUGAUGGAACGAUUAUUGAUCCUGCUGAGUUGGCGAAAUUACCGACAGGCAACGUAGUGAAGAGAGUUGUCGUCAAAAAACCGAUGGAUAAGACUCAGAAUCUUGUUCAAAGUGUGAUGCAGUCUCCCGAGAUGAGAUCCAUGUCGAAAAUAGAGUCUGGAGAUCCCUUGAAGUUUGAACUAAAGACAACACAAGGGUCGGGCACACCAACAACUUCUACUGCCCAACAGAUGAAGGUAGAAGAACAGCAAAAUUCUUCUACGUUAAAAGACCAGGAAACGCAAGAGAAACUUGAACAGCUGGAAAAAAGAGUCGAGCAGCAGAGAUUAAAGAUUGAAGAACUGCAGGCCAGGAAGCAGCAGGAUUUUGAACCGAUGGAUGAGAUGAUUCCGGAGAGACAUGACGAGUCUGAGGAUGAGCAGCAACUGCCUUUGAAGAGGGUCUUUGUGAAGAGGAAGCAAAGUAUCUAUGACGAGGAACAGGAGUAUGAUGAUAGUAAAAGCCAAAGUACAGUAGAAAAAAGUCAGGAAGAAGUUGAUAAUCAAUCUCAUGUUUUCGACGUUGAGACUCCAAAGAGCAAUAAGCCGUCCAUAACGAGUUCGAAGGUCUAUGGAAACAAGAAGAUUAUUCUUCUGAAGCCGGACGAGCAACCAACGUCACAAGCUCCAGAAGAUGUGGAGAUCAGUCAGAUGAAUCAGGAACUCUGUAAUAUUUUAGAUUCUACUGACAGUACGGUGAAAAUGCAAGAAAUAGCCUUGAGUAACUUGACUGAGAUAUCGGGGAUUAGUGUCGGUGAAAAUACUCAGAAAAUGUAUACUGAAGAAGCAGAGAACCAGGAAUCGAUUCCAGAACAGAUGGAACAGGAGGUGCCAAUGGAAGAAACUACUGAAACUGGAGUUGCAGAAGUUACUGGAGAGGAGCAGAGCGAUGGGCUGAAUUCUGAAGGCAUCAUCAUCGGGGAGACAGUUCCGGAGGAAGAGAAGAUGGAACUGGAAGCACCUACAGAGGAGCAAAUUGCUCUGGAAGUACCUGCUGAAGAGCACAUUGCUCUGGAAACACCUACAGAAGAGCACAUGGCGCAAGAAGAGGUGCAAACUACGCAGAAUGAUCAGCAUGUUCAGAUUCAAGAGUCUCAGGACACGACCUUGACUUUAAGUGGUCAUGAAAUGUCAGAGUCAACCGAUAUUUUUGACCAAUCCGGCUCUGUGCUUGAGACUCAAAAAAGCGACACGCCCUUGGAAGAUUCGGUGAUUGAAUUGUCGGCGGGAAAUGAUACAAUUAAUUUGAAUGAAACGCAAGACAGCCGAGACAGCCUAGAAGAUAAACUUUCGCAAAUGGAGGGAUGAAAGUAGAUUAGACCUGUUAAUUUAAAGCAAGCCAUUUUGCUUUCGAGUUUUGUUGCUGAGCGAGAGUUUGAAUGUAGAUCUUCUAUGCCAAUGAAAUUCAGUUUUAAUUCAUCGGAGUUCAGAAUUGAGUAAGAAUCUUGAGGUGGUGAAAUAAGAUUUUUUUUAUUUCUAUUGAGAAAAAAUAUCUUCUUGGAACGUUUUUUUUAUCGAAUUUUUUUCGCUAUUUAACUCGUUGGUUUACAAAAUUGAGUACUGCAAGUAGCGAUAAAAUAUCUAAUCCUCGUGUUUGCAGAGUCAUUUGGAAAGCUUAAUUUUUGCGGAAUUCAUGUUUGGAAGCAUUUAAUUUUGUUUGACACCAAAUUUGAAUGCUUUCAAUUUCUGAUUUUUUUCGGAAUCCGUCGGCUUUAAAUGAUGGGUUCCUUUUGAAUCCGAAAGGUUUUCAAAUGUGCAGAUUUUGAAAUUAGAUGCUUUAAAAUUUUGCUAUUGCUAAAUUUUACAGCCGUUAAAUCGAUUGAUAUUAUGAAAAUGGUGUGCAAAUUUAUUACAAAAAUGAAGCAAUUUCAAUUCUAAAGCGUUCAAGUUUGAGACAUUUAAUAUUACAAUUGUCCAUUUUUAAUUGAAAACCUUCAAAGUUUUGUCUUUCGACAUUUGAUAUCAAAAUUCUUUCCAAUUUCAUAUGAAUAGCUAUCAGCAUAUAGACUCAUAUUAAAUGGAGGCAUUGAUUUGAUGUUUUACAAUUGCAAAUUCAAACGUAUGAAAUAGUAACAUUUUGAAUUCAAAGUGUCCAAAAUUAAAUUAUUUUUACUUGCAUUCUAAAUCGGGUUCGUUUGAAAUAGUAAAUGCUAGCAUUAAAAGAUUAAAAACUCAAAAUCGUGAAAACAUGUCAUUGACAGUUUCAUGUUUCCAAAUUAAUAGUUUCCAAUUUUAAUUCUCAAAAUUAGAAUUAUGAUCAUGUAAAUAAUUUUGCACUGCGAC